AAGACCUUUCCCCUCCUCCUCAAUCGUUCCCCCACCCCCAGACCGGUCCAGCGCAGUCAUCUCUUCCUCUCUGACGCUCCUGCCAGUCAGCUCACAGCCCCGUGGUCCCCUUCACCAAAUGUCUCUUGACUGGAGCAGUUAAGAAGACAGUGAGAAGCACCAACAUCUCAAAAGCGUCGAGCUUCUACGCCGAGGAAGAGAGAGAGAGACUUCAUCCUCCUGUCAGAGAGAGACAGAGCUGAGGAAACAGUGAGAAACUUUAGUGGAAGUCGGGACAAUCAUAUUUAUUGAGCAAUCUCACUCCUCCCAGGAUAUCAAGCAACUUUCAGUUAUUUUCAGUAGGAUUUUGAAGAAUUUUCUAUAUAUUGUACAAAAGCAGUUAAACUUUUUUUUUAAAUUAUUUAAAAAUACUUUUUUAAUUUUUGUUUGGGGAAAUCUCUCUCCAAGCGCAAACUUUCCUCCUCCCUGCCGGUAGUUUGAAGAUGGCAAUGUACCUGCUCGGUGGGAUGUUUCUGCUGCUCGGUGGGAUUUGGGCGCGGGCUUCGCCCACUUUACCUGCUCAGGAAGCGCGGUUGACUGACUGUCCGACCUGCUCCAUUCCCAAACUGCCGUCGGAUCCAGUCGGCGCAGACAACCAGCUGGUGGAAGCCGUGAAAAGGCACAUCCUGAAUAUGCUGCAUUUAAAAAAUAGGCCUAACAUCACCCAAACGGUCCCCAAAGCUGCACUUUUAAACGCUUUGAAGAAGCUGCACGUCGGGCGAGUCGGAGAGGACGGGCGAGUGGAAAUCGAAGAACAUUCUUCCGAGCAGUCAGCGCCGCGAGAGCCCGAACAGGCUUCGGAGAUCAUCAGCUUUGCUGAAGCAGGUCCGUCCCAGGAUGUGGUGCACUUUCAGAUUACCAAGGAGGAGGAUGGCGAGCUGUCUUUGGUGGACCAGGCCAAUAUCUGGCUUUACCUGAGGCUCUCGAACAAAUCGAGCCGAAGCCGGAGUAAAGUGACCAUCAGGCUGUACCAAGGGGAUAACAGUAAGGCCAUCAGCGAGAAGCAGGUGGAUAUCAAGGGGAGUGGUUGGCACACCCUGCCCGUGUCGAGGACAGUGCAGAACAUCCUGGCGACACGGGAGAGAUCUCUGCUCCUGAAGGUGUCCUGCGACCGGUGCCAGGAGGCCGGCGCCUUCCCAGUGCUCGUGGAGUCGGCGGGGAAGAAGGACGAGUCGCGCCGCCCCUUCCUCAUGCUGCUGGUGCGGGAAUCGGAAGCUCACGCACACCGAAUCCGCAAGCGGGGGCUGGAGUGCGAGGGAAAAGUCAACAUCUGCUGCAGGAAACAGUUUUACGUGAACUUCCGAGACAUCGGCUGGAGCGAUUGGAUCAUCGCGCCGACCGGGUACUAUGGGAACUAUUGCGAAGGCGAGUGCCCCAGUCACAUCGCCGGCACGUCGGGUUCAUCGCUCUCCUUCCACUCGGCCGUCAUCAACCAUUACAGGAUCAGGGGUUAUAGCCCCUUCAACAGCAUCAAAUCGUGCUGCGUCCCCACCAAACUCAGAGCAAUGUCCAUGCUGUACUACGAUGACGUGCACAACAUCGUGAAAAAGGACAUCCCCAACAUGAUCGUAGAAGAAUGCGGCUGUUCAUAAACUCCAGGGAUGCCCACAUUCUCAAAGAGGGAGACCCAGCCAAGCUACACACAUACACAGACUCACGAACAGAGACGGGAAAACCACCGACACACGCUACACUCUCGUGACGCUAGAGAUGCUAUAACUCUGUGUGUAAUUUUCCAGAGCUGUGAAACUAGCUUAAACUUAAGUCUACAUGAGGGUUUGUGGCAGGCAUCGGGACCAAACCCCAGAUGGCCAUAAUGGUCACUUAACCGUGGGGGGACAGUGAUGACUAGCACAUUCGGAACCACACACAAACAACUGGCUCCUGACAUUGAUUCACUUUUCAUCAUGGCACUUUCCCCAGACAAGAUGCACAAGAUCUCACUUUUUGUUGUGAUCAUGGGAUCGAGCUGUUACCAAGACUUUAUUUGCAAGACUUCUUAUGCACGUGUCAGUCCAGAACUAUGCAAAACAAAGGUUUUGGCCGAACGGUUUUGGCUCGAGAAAGACACGCUUGCUUCCACUGGAAGUAGACAUUGUUGAAGGAAACUUGAAAGGAACGCGUUCGCCCCGCUUAUGGGCCAAAACAUUUUUUUUUUUAACUGUGUGACCUUUACGAUUUGCACUAAAAUGACAUUUGCCUGUCUAACCGUAUUUAUACAGAAGCGUUUGAAAGGAUAGGGGACUGCACUCGAGAAGAAGCGAUUUAAAAAAAAUGACAUUUCGUAUCAAUGGAUGAACACACACCAAAGAGACUUGUGUAAAUGUUAUUGUGAUUUCUACAAGGAUAAUAUUUUGUUUUAAAAAAACUAAAAAGUAUAUACACAAAAACACCUGUAGAUGAAUAUGGCUCCGGUAUCAAUACAUUUGAUACAUCAGCACAUAUACAUCUAGAUGUCGCGAAGCUCCAAGCAUCUGACUCGCAGUUCCCAUGUGUAGUUUGCACACUGUCUGAAAGCGAUUAGCUAAAAGCACUUCCCGCGCUCAGCGUUUAUUCUUAUUUAAGAACUUUGAAUCAGUGUAUUCGAGAAACAAAUCCGAACUUUUGCUUAAAAUAGUAGGCAUAUUUUUGUAACGACGUCGCCUCGGGGCGAUUAAAAAGUGUUAAAUAAACAUAUUGUUUUAAUAUUU